AUGGACAUGGACAGUGAUAGCCCGUCGUCCUCUGCAGCGCUGACCCCGGCCGGUGUCGACUUUUCCAAUGAAACUCAAGCGUUUGACUUUUUGCAAGAGAUUCUCGAUGACUCAAUUUUCGGCGCAGUUGGCAAUCAGUACGCACGGUAUUUCUGGUAUGGAGUCGUAGUGGUCAUUGGCAUGGCGAGUCUCUGCAAUUUUGUGCAGACGUUGACAGUACAAAUCAGACUCAGACGAAGCGCAAGAAACCGUUCUGGACCAGCAAAGCCCGCGAAUCUCUUGACCCAAUCCAUCGCCACUGCGACCGCCCUCCUUCGAGAGCCGAGCUACCUCCAAAUGACGCCUGUAUCAGCAUCAACUUGGUUAAAAGUGCCUCCACUUGGCCAUGUUUAUGUCGUCGCCGCGUAUUUGGCUUUUAUCCUUGCUCUAGUGUUUAUCAACAACAAUGUCCCUGGUGCACAGCACUUCCAGGCUCUGAGUAUACGUGCUGGAUGGCUCGGAGCGGCGCAAGUGCCGCUGCUGGUGUUAACAUCAAGCAAGACAAGCCUGAUUAGCUUCCUUGUCAACUCGUCUGUCGAACGGCUCAAUGUCUACCACCGAUGGGUCUCGCGUGGCUUGCUGUUGCUGGCAACUUUGCACUUUGGCCUACAGAGCCAUGCCUGGAACCUCUAUGGCCUGAUGGCCCUUGAAUGGCAAACCGACGAGUGCCCGCCCACAGGCAUGGCUGCGUAUGCCCUCUUACUCUGGAUGAACCUGACCUCGCUGGCACCGUUGCGGCUCUUCUCGUAUAAGUUGUUUGUCGUGCAGCACUUGCUCACCUAUUUUGGCUUUACAGUUGCAAUUGUCUAUCACCUGUAUGGGACUUCGUCGCCCUAUUCGACUAAUUACAUCUACAUUAGCAUUGCCCUGUAUCUGGUUGGUCAGUUAAUUCGCCUUGUGAGGAUGAUUGUCAUCAACAUUCGACCGAGUAGAGUGACCCUGAUACCGCUCGAGGGUAGUGCGACCAAGAUCCGGCUUUCUAGCCGGCAGAUCAAAUCAUGGCCGGCAGGCUCGUAUGCACGCUUGUUCAUCCCCCGGUUCAGCCUUUUGCAGGGACACCCAGCGACGAUAUUGUCGACUCCAUCAUCACAUGGAGGUGAUCUGGUGUUUAUCCUGCGGUCCUGCGGCGGCUUUACCAAGCGUCUUCUCAGGGCUGCUCAAGUUGAGAAGCAUCAGCCUAUGCACCUGACGCUCAUUGACGGGCCUUAUCCCAGCCCGCAUGCGGAUUUUGCCUGCUUCGAUACGCUCGUCCUAGUUGCCGGGUCGACGGGAAUAACCUUUACUCUCUCCGUUCUUCAGGAUAUUGCAGAACGUGCCAAGAUGCACAAAGCCCUUCCACUUCGAAGCGUUCAUUUCAUCUGGGCAAUCAAACACCUCAAUUGGAUAUCUUGGGUCUCCGAAGAGCUGCGCACGGCGUUCAGUGUUCUGCAAGAGGCGGGUAUUGAAACGCUCUGUAGUGUUCAUAUUACCGGUGGCGAUGAUGUUGCUCGCGACGAGGAGUCUACUGGAGGAAGCCAACUUAAAUGCUGCCAAUCAAAAAGACACGAAAAAGAACAUGACAGUGGAGUUGAUGAACAGCCUAUCCCUGGUAACGAGAAGACUUUGAAGGAGAGGAUGCCGCAAAAAAAGAGACCAGAGAACCGUAGGACUUCGAAUAUAUACCUUUCGUUCGCUGAGGUGCAUUUCGGACGGCCUCCGUUCCGAAAACUCCUUGAAAGACGAGUGAGCCAGGCACAAGGCGAGACGGCCGUCGCCGUUUGUGGCCCAUUCGGGUUAUCAGUUGCAGUGAGGUUGGCCGUUGUGAAAGUAAGUGAUAAUUUGGCUGUAGACAAGGGGAGCGGAUUGGAUGGACUAUACUUGCAUGUCGAAAAUUUUGAUUAG